UGUAUUAGAUGUGAGGAGGAGGAGGAGGAGGAGGAGCAGGUCUGCCAGAAACACAUAAUUCCUGCACACAGACACUUGUGACGAUGGCGGCCAAUGAGGUUGAUGUUUUCGCAGUAAGUAUGAUGAUAUACUGUCUGCGGGCCUGAAAUGACUAAUUAUUUAGCUGUCUUUGGAGUAGACAUACAAAUUAAACUAGCAAACCAGUAGCAUUCAGGUGUGUUGAAGAGAGGGAGAUGGUGUGACGGUGUGUGUCGGGGAUGCAGCAGGAUCGUUGGGAUAAAGACGCAUUUUCAGCUGCGGCUGGUUUCGUGGAAAAUGAUGUAUCGACUGCUUAUGAACAAAACCGCUUACAGCUGAGCAACACGAGAAAAACACAGUGUACACUUGGCUUUUUUUUUUUAUCAUGUCGACACUUGUGACAGGUGCACACGGGGCGAAAGGACCGUGUACGAAUCACAGGCCAGCAGACUGGAGAGCAAGUUAAGAGGAUAAACACAAGUAUACAGCCUCUCCAAGUGGAAGAUCGUGGCACUGGAUUGCUCAGCGAAAAUUUCAAUACACUAUUCAUACACAUUAUUUGUGUUAAAUCAUGAGUUUGUGUCCGGUUAUUCAGCAUGCUGCAGGUUGCAUCCCAAAUGAGAUGAGACCCUGACCCUGAAGUUGUGGGUACCAGGGCAGUGAGCUGCUGGGAUAUCCUCCCACCCUGUGAAAUAACAUCUGAAGAAAGAGCUCUUUGUGCUUGUGUCUCUCUGAGUGUGUUUGUGUGUUUAAAGGGGGGCAGAAAGAGGGACAGAAACGGAUGAUUGUUGUAUUGAACACAUCGUGGUCCUCAUGUGGAGCCUCUUGCAGGAUUGCCAGAUUCCCAGCAUGUCCCUGAUACAGAGGAUAUGAACCAUUUUUCAGUUUUAACAGGAAAACAAUACCAAUAAUUCACACUAUUAUGUACAAAUUUAAAUGUCGUAAUUUACUGUCAUGUUAAUCGGGAUAGAGGAAACUAAGACAUCAAUUCAAAAAUGUGCAGGUUAUGAAAUUACUAUGAUUAUAGACUGAAAUCUCACUCCCACAACAUGAGUUAAAUUAAUGCUGAAAGGAUUUUCAUUGUUUGGUCAAUAAGUUAAGUGACACAGAAAUAAUAGCUAUAAUGGAAACCAAUUUUCUGUAUGACUUAAGUGCAGAAUAACCUCAAUGAUUCAUCACUACUUGUCAUGUUGAUUGCUUGUGUGUGUUUUUUGUGGAGGAGUGAGCUUUGUAAUAUUGACAGAGAAGUUGUCUGACUGUUCAAAAUGUAAAGUAAGGGAGAGAUGACCUUAAUUUAAACAAUGCUUUACAGCUGAACCAAAAUGUUGUUGAAAAAACUGUUUCACCAUAACGUUUUAUUGAUAUAAACUGUAUAUUAUAAUGAACAAUUUCCGUUGCAUGUAAUUUAAAAUUAAACUUCCUCUUUUUUGCUGAUUAUUUUUCAAAAACCUUAGAAUGAGGAAAAACGAAACCUGGAGCUCAGAGGCCAUGUGGGGUUUGACAGCCUCCCUGACCAGUUGGUCAGCAAAUCAGUUGCUCAGGGAUUCUGCUUCAACAUCCUCUGUGUGGGUACGUACAGACCCAGGACAAGCCGAUAAUCCAAACCAAGAGCCGUUCAAGUAGCAUGCUGUAUUGUGACAUUGUGGUCUGAACCCCAUAUCUGUUUACCUCAUGCUAUUUUCUCUCUCUUAAGGUGAGACGGGGAUAGGCAAGUCAACAUUGAUGAACACACUCUUCAAUACAACAUUUGAAAAUGAGGAGGCCAGCCACUAUGAAAAAGAGGUGCAGCUGCGCCCACAAAUGUACAGUCUGCAGGAGAGCAAUGUCAACCUGAAGCUGACUGUUGUGCACACUGUGGGGUUUGGAGAUCAGAUCAACAAAGAAGAAAGGUGCAGAUUCUUAUUUUGACUUUUUGAGUGCUUAAAAUGAAAGCAGUGAUUAUGCUGAGACAUGAAUACACAACAUGUUGUUAACUUUCAUGAGAAAGUGUAUUACAAAUCUUCAGUAGUGUUUAUGCACUAGUAUGAAAAAUUUACUUCACUAGCAGCAAAAAUUUCUUGCGGUCAGAUUAGCCCCAGCUAUGUAUAAUGUCCCCCCUCUUGCUUUGGAAGUUUAGCCAACUCAUUUACACAGCAUGAAACUGCGAAAGAGAUCUGGCCCAUUUCUGAAGUGUGAAUAGGGAGGGGAGAGAGGGAAUAUGGGAUUGACUGGUAGAACUAAUGCAAUCUCAAAAGACCCAUGAGUGCUCCCACAGCCGGAGGUAAAAACAGGAUUUAUAGCUACGAGACAGUUUUGGAUUUUGGAACCAGGAUACUUACUCGUCUUUGAACACAGGGAAAGUCAAAUUGAAUGAAUUCUUAUUGCAUUGUAGAUGGCAAUAAUAACAAUAAUGCUAUUUUUUUUAACAUGUUUUUGCUAUUUAACUGUGCAGCUACAAACCCAUUCUUGAGUAUAUUGAUGCUCAGUUCGAAAAGUACCUUGAAGAGGAGAUGAAAAUAAAACGCUCUCUGGCAAACUGCCAUGAUACAAGAAUCCACAUCUGCCUGUAUUUCAUCGCUCCCAAUGGACACUCUCUGAAGUCUCUGGAUCUCGUUACAAUGAAGAAGCUGGACAGCAAGGUGACCACGCCAUCAGGUCAUGUGUAUUUCAGCAGUUAUUGUUUGUUGUCGUCUCUAUCCAUCACUCAUAUUAUGAAUUUUUCAUGCAGGUGAACAUCAUCCCUGUUAUUGCAAAAGCAGACACAGUUUCGAGGAGUGAAUUGGACAAACUAAAGAUCAAGGUUAUGAGUGAGCUGGUCAGUAAUGGAGUGCAGAUUUAUCAGUUUCCCACUGAGGAUGAAGCUGUCGCAGAGAUCAACUCAUCCAUGAAUGUGAGUACAAAAUCCAAUUAUAUUAUGCAAAAAUUGUGCAUGUAUACGUGUAUUUUAUGAAAUGAUAUGCAUUCACACUUUCUUCAAGUCUCUUGUUUAUUUUUGGUUUUACAGUAAAGUAGUACUGGAUUAUACAGCUGGUUAAUCUGAUAAUCUUGCGAUAAACAUGUAUGACUAAUGUAGCGCAUUUUAAAUCCAUAGUUUGACACGAACAUACCAAUUAAAGUAAUUAAUACAACUAUUAUAUUGUUCUCUAUUACAGACUCAUCUCCCCUUUGCUGUUGUUGGAAGUGUCGAUGAUGUGAAAGUUGGUAAUAAGAUGGUGAAAGCCAGGCUGUACCCCUGGGGAUCAGUACAGGGUUAGUGCACUGAUCUGGUUUGACCAUCAUCAUGAACAGAAAGUUUGUUUCGUCAAGUGCUGAACUAUUAUUAGCUUUUAUGUUGUUAAACAUGUUAUUUACAACUGAGUCAGGACAGUUGAAUGAUGUGUUUUUUUGUUUUUCAGUUGAGAAUGAAAAUCAUUGUGAUUUUGUGAAACUGAGAGAGAUGCUGCUGCGCGUGAACAUGGAGGAUCUUCGUGAGCAAACACACGCUCGACACUAUGAGCUCUACCGUCGUUGCAAGCUAGAAGAGAUGGGCUUCAAGGACUCAGACCCAGACAGCCAGUCAUUCAGGUAAAAUAGGGGUUGGCAGCGAUGUUAUGUAUGAUUGAAGCUAACAGUGGAAGUGCCUCAAAAAACCUUGACCCUUAUUAUUUGAUAGAAAGGAUGAUGCAAGUAACCUCAAGAUAAAAAUUUGGUGAGAUGUUACUCAAUUAAAAAAAAAUGAAGAUACUCUGAGAGGAUUCAUAUUUGAAGGCAAGACUAACUGAUCUGAGCAUCUGUGAUAUAUAAAAAAAAAAACUCCUACCAAAAGCUUUGGCAGACUUCCUGGGUUUAGAGGAUUUUGCACUUGGAUCUAUUUUGCACUUGGAUCUAUUUUUACCUUUAUUUCCAAAAGUCAAAAAAGACACUCUCUGUAUGUAUACUAAAUUCUUCUCCAAACACAGAUGCAAUCAUUGAUGUCAUUAUUACAUAAUCAUGAGAAAUAAAGGGCAUGUUGAUAGGGAGAAGCAGGAAGUAUACAGUGGCUGUGUAACGAUUUGAAAAACAGGAAUAAUUUACCAAUGGUAGGGGAAAAAAGUUUCUAGUGCCAUUGUUUCAUAGGUGGUGAAGAAAGAUUAAAACUUAUUUCGUUUUUUAUUAAGGGAUCGGAGCCUCAGGUCAAGUUUUAUUUGUGUAAUUUGGGACUGCAGUUUAACUAUUUAAUUGGCAACAUAAUUUAUUGAUGUAUUUGAGUUUAUUUUAGACUUGUUCAUACCAUUAAGUGCCAUUGUAAAUCAAUGUAGAGAUAAGCCAUCCACAUUUACUAAAAAAUGUAAACAAAGUCAAUCCAUUUCAUGUGUUAAUGUACUGAUAAUGAACUGAUUAACUGUCGUUCUUCUGGGUAACCCCUAAACAGGAAGUGCUGUUGGUCCAGCUCUUUAAUUAAAUGAUCAGAAUUCUGGAUGUAGAGCCCAAGGAUGGUUUUAUUUAUGAGGCUGAAGUAACCUAUAAGAACCUCUGAUUAGAUGUAAGUGUACCUUUCGGUUAAUUAAUAACCUAAUAAUAUCUACUGCAAUUUAAGCAAGGACAAAAAUCACACAAGCCAAAUCUGAUUAAAAUUCUGAUAAGAGGUACUGAUCAAAAAUUCUGUGUAAAAGUAAUGGUCAAAAAUCCUGAUAAAAAUUCUGAUUAAAUAACUCCACUGUAUAAAAUACUGGGGAAAUCUCUGUUGAAGAUGUAAGGGAAUUUCCGUUGUUUUGAUUUUCUAAUAAAAAAAACUUUUUUUAUUAAAAAAUAAUAAUAAUCAGAAGUGCUGAUCAAAAAGGUUCUGACUGUAAAAAAUGACCAAAUACAACUACAGCCAAGAGGGGAUAAGGGAGAAUUGUUCCUUUUGUUGGCUUGCUCUCUUGUAGAAAAUGCAGUUGUAGAUUUUUUAGCUCAUGAAGUAUGUCCUGCUGAUAACCUCCAAUCCCAAACUUCUGGUCAAGGUGCCUGUAAUUCAGAUCCUUUGAUGAGUGGUCUUCUUCUGCUGGGUGAACAUGUCCUGUGCUGAGACUUGGCCAGUGGAACAAUCAAUCAACUUUAAAUUGCUGUCCAGACCAGAAUUCGGUUGAACUAACUUUAUUUUCUAAAUCCUGUUGACUGGUUGCUAAGUUCAAACAAAUCAGUCAUAUUGCAUCAGAGUUACUUUAGAAAUGUCUAGUAAUGACUUCUCGGUAAUGUUUAAACCCCACUGCAGACCAGUCAAAGCAACAAACAGCAUAAACAAGAAAUCACUAUAGCAUCCAAAAAACUGUAAAAAUAAAAGAAAACCAAGAACAACCAAAGGGAUUCCAGGGUAUCAUAGAUUAAGGUCAAAUUAUGCUAAUAUCUAUUGAAGUAUUUAAAGUAAGUUGUUUGGUUUGUGUGAUGUCUAAUUUUGGAUCUAAUUUCAAAUACACCAUAACCAUAGAUUAACUCUAGACAAUGAUGAAGUGGUGACAGCAGGACAUGUUUUAGGUCAAUUGACUGAUAUGCAUGUCCUCCAAUGUGACUAUUGCACAUGCCAGCACCACAGCUAUUGUCAAACAAGAAAGCAUUUAGGCUUCAAGCUUAAUUAUACUAAUUGUACAAUUUUCCAUGGUUUCUCAGUCUACAGGAGACAUACGAAGCCAAGAGGAAGGAGUUUCUUGUGGAUCUUCAACGCAAAGAGGAAGAAAUGAGACAGAUGUUUGUCAACAAAGUGAAGGAGACAGAAGCAGAGCUGAAAGAAAAAGAGAAAGAGGUGAGAAUUAACAUGAUCCAAAAAAUAUUGAAAACAUAACAAAAUUAUUUGGUCUCAAACAAUGACCCGUCCCCAAACCAACAACAUCUCCAGCUUCAUGGAAGGUUUGAACAGCUCAAGCGAAUGCACCAGGAUGAAAAGAAGAAUCUGGAAGAGAAAAGACGAGAACUGGAAGAAGAGAUGAAUGCUUUUAACAGGAGAAAGGUUGCAGCCGAGACGCUGAUGGGUCAGGCACUGCAAGGCUGCUCACAACCGUUCAAGAAGGACAAGGACAAGAAGAAGUAAGUGAAUUUUUCUGCAUGUGUUUGCAUUGUGUAACUGCUCAAGUGGUUUUUAGAUACUACAUGGUUGUCAAAGGUUAUUAAAUGGUAAUAACACUUUGAUUUCUCAAGCUACUCAAGGAUCAGUUAUUUCUCAUUACGUAUCACAAGCCUUGAUCAUAUAUUCUCUAGGCCAGUUUUUAUGUAAAUGUGAUUAGUGAGAUACUGUUAUCUCCCCAGAAGCCAUGUUGUCUCAGACAUCUGAUACAGGGACAGAUCCAGAAUGACACUGUGUGCCCAGACAAAAAAGGAAGGGUCACAGCUUGCAUGACAAAGCCUGAUGGUUACUUCUCUGCAGGCUGAUCCGCCAGACUGACUCUCAGGCAGGGGUACUGCUGUUUACAUUGGACUGGUCUCACUGAUGCUCAUACCAAGUGCAACACAAAUGAAACUAAGACAUCCCAUAUAGAAUUAUACUCAUUUUGCAGGAGGAAAUAUUACGUGUUGUGAUUUGUGUGGUGUGCUCAAAUGUGCAUACUUGGUCCAAUGCUCAACAUAUGCCCCCAUGAAUCAACAAUCACACUGGUGUUAAGGUCAAUGAAAUGCAUUUUAUUCUUUGCACAUUGGCAGGGCUCUUCAAAAACUCUAGCGAGUCCAUUUUCUCACAACAAUUGCAGAAAAAGGUAGUAGCAACAACACUCUUUCUUAGACCCCCACCUAUAAAAGUGCUUUAGCUGUGUAUGUUCACAUAUUAAUUUAGAAGUGGCUUUGGUGCUUUUUUAUUAGAUCCUUUCAAAAUCCAGCUCCCUAUUGAUGUUUGUUUUUCUAAAACAAACCACCUCUAUCCCACAAGUUUUUAACAUGGCUUAAGUAGUUAGGCUGUCAGUCUGACUCUGAGCUGACCCUCCUGUAAAAAAUUAAAUAGUGUUUUUAGAUGCUACAUCUGAAACACAGUUGCAUUCUCAUUUCAUUCAUAUAUUUACUUGUAUAAACCAUGUAUUUGAAACACCCCACCCUACCAUCUGCCACCCUUCCAUUUCAUUUUUUCCCACAUUAUGUCUUUGUCUAUUUUGUCCUCUCCCUUUUCAGUUGAUUUAUUGAACAUCCAGGGAAACCAGGAGUGUGUCUGCCAUCAGCAUGGGAAAAGGGACUGUCAGAUCUGACAUAACUUCCUUACACUGCAUGUGUGGACUUUUUGUCACAGUGACUGCACGUAUGUGAGCCUGAAUAAUAUGGUGGCAAUAAGCAACUGUUUACUAACUGAUCAAAAAGGCAGCCAUGUUAAGCGUCUUUAACUGGCUCCAAAAGCUGACUGUUUAACACACAAUUCUCAGACUGUUUUCAUAACCUGUAACUUACUUUAUUUAAUGUGUUUGUGAUGAAGGUGUGCUCCUCUCCUGUUUAAAUUUACACUUUUCAAUGAGCCAUUGUAAAGACGAGCCUUUCUGAUGAGGCUGAACUGAUUAUUUUGAGUUUCAUAAUAAUUUUAUUCAUGUGUUGAUUUUUGUUGAAAUUUUUAUUUACAAGAAUUCAGAAGUUCAUUUGUUCCAGUAGGGCUUUUUUUUAAGACAGAAUGUUUUAUAAUGCACUUGAAUUAUUUUUUCAUGUUUUUUUCUUACUGUCGUCUUUAGUUUAAGGACAGAGGUUUCAUUUUCUAACAUCAUUCUAGAAAAAGAAAUAUAGAAAAUUAUUUAAUAAAAGGAAAUAAAUAAAUUUGGCAGUGAGUUACAUAUUAUGCCUUUAUUUACAAAUAAAAAAUGGAAAUUAAAAAAAAAAAGGACUUGGCAUCAGUUCAUCUGUUGGUCAGCAGAACCCGUUCCCCUCCAUCCCCCCCAGUUCCCUGAGAUGUCUCAUCAUGUCGGUCAUAUGUGUGAUUCAGAGCAUUUCAUAUUGCAUCUGUCAUAGCAAACAAAAACACACGUCUCUUCCUGAUGUUGAUUGACAGUGUAAACAGCAGUGGCAGCAAACAGGACUAACAACAUGAUUACUUAACUGACAACUCAUUUGCACUGAACUUGAAUUUGUCUUGUUGUGAGAACAUUGAUGUAGAAGUUGGCUGUGCAGAUUAAUAACAUGAUUUUUCUCUCCUCUUUAUAGCUUCUUUAGUCUUCCAUCUGCGUGCUCCUUAACCUCAGGAAGGAAUUUGAAUUAGGAGACUUCCUACCACGUUAAGGGAUCACAGACUAACCACCAACUUUAUUAUUUUUACAAUUUGAAAUGACAAUUUUAUAGGAUUGCACUUAACACCCCUGGAAGUGAGUCUGCUUGAAGUCUUCCAUGUCUACUUAACACUCCUAAGCUUUUCAGCUGCGCUCUGUAGCAUGGUCUCUGCAUGGCUCCUAACCCCCAAACCUAAAAGCAUUGAAAUGUAUUUGCCAAAAUCCAAGUUUUUGUACUAGAUGUGUAUUCUCCUUUCAUCUGCCAUGUUGUGCUUGUAGUUUCUGAUCCAUGAAAAUUUACACUGUGAAUUAUAUCUUAUUAUUAGGUUACAUGAUAUUGCAGUUCAUUGUGGUACAACUUGAACAUUAUAUUAUUUAUAAGCACUUUAUAUCAAUCGUGGUUGAAAAACUGGAUUUAAACUCGAUAAAACGUGCCCUAUAACACUUUAAUGUCUACCCUAAUGCUGUGUCUAAGAGAUUUAUGAAAAAGUGUUCAUAGUUUAUAACUGUAAAAACAGCAUAUAGUAAAUACAAUGUUAUAACUAAAGCCUGGAUGUAUAUAAAUUCAGGGUUAUAGCUCUUAAUGUUAGUAGAUCCAUGACAGGUCAGAGAUGGCCUACUUGGGGCUUUAUAAAUUCUGAUGUAAUAAAGAUUUGCUUUAUUGGAAAAAGGUCACUUGUUCUUUUCAUAAUUAUACUUUAAGACAAUAAAAAAUUCUGAAAAUUGA